UUUCGUUUCUUAUUUUGGCCCGGUUAACAUCGUCCUUUUUUACUCAUGUUGGAGACAAUUGGUGAGAUUUACCAUUAAAGUUGACUUCUUCACUGUUUUGUUUUACAUGAUCUUUAACAACAAUCCAACCAACUGGACAUUCAUCAUUUACUCUUGUGGUGUGUGUUUCUAUUCUUGUGCCUUUAAAACCUGUGAAAAUUUAAACAUCAAUCAAUAAAUCAAAUAAUAAAAAUAAAAAUGAAAUCAAAAUAUAUUUACCGUUCAUUAAUCAUCUCCUUGACUUGUGCUCUUCUCAUGUCCGAAGUAUCAGCUGGCUUAUUUAACCGCCUUCUAUACAUGAUGAUGAGGAAUCGUCGGCGUCAUUACGUUCCAUUCCCAGUCUCAUUAUCUCCAUUCUCAAACUUUGGAUCUUCAUCACUCGGUGGAAUGUAUCCUCUUUCCCUGUCAAGUUUAAGUAAUUCAAUUACACCUUCCGCUAUAUCUGCGGCAUCAGCUGCUAUUCCUUACUCACAAUAUUUAUCCAGUUUGGCUGGUCUUAGUGGAAUACCGCCAAUUUCACCUUUAGGACCAUGGGGUGGCAUCAAUCCUUAUUAUUCUUACCUGAAUUUGGCUGAUUAUCCAGAUUAUCGCAGCUUCCCAACCAUACCAAAUUACCUUCCACUUCCGUCUUAUACACCACCGAUAUACACUCCACCAUCUUUCCCAUCUUUCCCAGCUGUUAAUAUAAGCGAUAUUAAGGAAAAUGACAAGAAAAUUUCAGCUCGAGCUGCCGCAGCCGCUGCUGCUUCAACUGGUUCAACGGGCAGUCCAGCCACAGGAUUAGCGUAUAACAUUCAAGGCCAAGAUAGGAAGGAAUUGUUGUCCAAGCUUAAAUAUCUCGCUAACCAUCGACAAGCAUCCAACUACAGAGCUCCACUUCUGUUCCCUGAAACUGAUGAUUUGAUGGACUCUUUUAGAUGAGCCAAUGGUUUGAUCUUUCAUCUCAAAAUUUUAUCAUUCAUUUACUCUAACUUUGGUUAUGUUCAUUUACCUGCAUUUAUCCUCAUCUCUUGGUCAUUAUUUCCUUCUUAAAAGAUAAGUUAUUAAUCCUUGGAAGACCAAUGAAUAUCAUUAUUGAUCAUUAACGUUCAAAAGUAUUAUUGUUUAACAAUCUGGAUUGGAAUUGAAUUUAUCAAGUGCGAAAACUAAAUUAUUAAAAGAAUCUCAUUGUUGAUUUUACGAAAUACGAAAGCAAAUUGUUUCACUAUCAAGAAAUAAUUGCCAGUGAAAAUUGACCAACCACAUUUAUCAACAUUAAAAAUCGUCGUCCAUGCCUUUUGUAUUUCAAAUCGUUCAAAUAAACUAAUUCACCUUCCUUAAUCUUUGCUCACAACUUACCUUUCUUCUCCCUCACCUUUCAUCUUCCCUAUCCUCGCUCUUCCCCCAAACGGAAUCAUAACUGUAACGAUGAGACUUAAAUAAAACUUGAGAGAAUCAAGUUUUCCUUUUUAAACACUAUUCUCGGUCGUUGUUCUGUUACUUUUUUUCAGGCCAUCAUCGUCAUCAAUUUUAACCGUCCCAUUUAACUUCAACUGACUUCAUAUUCAUCUUAUAGUUAAAUUUGAUGCCAAUAAUGUUACAUGUAUUUUGUGCUAACAAUCAAAAUUUGAUUCUUUGUUUUUUAUAAUCAACACCAAGUAUGCCUCCAUUCAAUCCGUCUUCACAAGUGUCAAAUCGUUUCAAAGGCCAAAGUCAAACUAAAUUGAUUAAUAGGAGAUCAAUUCAAGUUACAAGCCAGGUUGACAGACGAAACAAUGAAAAGUCAAAGAAAUUAUCUUCAGAGUCAUGGGAUGCUUCCUCGGUUAAACUAACUAUCCUAAUGAUUUCACUAGUCUCAUUAACUUUGUAUAUAUUGAGUCCAUCACAAGUUAAUAAUCAACAGACAUCACCAGAGUCAUCUUCUCAGCCAUCUUCCCAAUCAUCUCCACAGCCAUAUGUAAAGCAGUCAAACUCCUCAGACAACGACCAUGGUAAUGCAAAUCCACAGGUUGGUGAUUAUUAUGAACAACAAGAGGGACAAUUUUUCAAUUUCCUGGCUACAGUUGAUCAACAUUUUCCGCAAAUAAGUUUGCAUGAAGUUGACUGUCAUCCUACUGGUUACAAGAAGGAAGCUGAGCUGGGUUUAAACCCGCAACGAUGUGGAACCAUGAUUACAGAUGAAUUGGUUAGUCGAGCAGACACAAUGAAAUUGCGGCAACUGGCAAUGAAAGUGAUCGAUAGAAUGGGUCAAACUAAUUUCCAUAAUCGCGAGUCAAUAAACUUGAAAUGGAUUAAUUUGCACAAUCUAUUUCGAAAUGGAACUGAAAAUGGUGUAUUAACAGAAAGUGAUUUCCAGUUGAUCAAGAAUACCUCUGAAGCUGCUCGUUCUGCCGUAGGAUUAGCAUUUGGUUUACCUGAAGAGUAUCUUAUGUUUCAUGGAGUUUGUCAGUUCACUCGUUAUCAUCCAGUUGUCCAAUUCCGUGAAUUUAGACACAUUGAUAAACUUAGAUCGCCCAAUUUGAUUGUUACUUCAAUUUUGUGGUUAUCUACAAUUGAUGAAGACUUCGGUGGAGGACGAACUGAAUUUCUUACUGGACCAGGACCAGAGCCUUUUAGUCCAUUGUUGGUUGAACCCAAAAUUGGUCGAUAUGCUGCUUGGACUUCAUCUUAUGAGAAUCCUCAUGCAGUUCAAGAGUUGGAUUAUGGUUAUCGAUAUGCACUCAUUUUUGCUUUUACUGUUCUUGAAGGCUUUGGUCAUCCUGAUUUAGAGUCAUUCAGGGAAUGGGCACUGACGACUGAUGCUCUUAAAUAAUGACAAUAAGGAGUAUUUGGAAAAACUUUGACUUUCGAUUGUAAUUAAAAAACUUCAGAAAACUCAUCAAUACAAUUUGAUAAAAUGGUUUUUUACGACCGUAUUUUCAUAUAUUUCCAAUCGAA